AUGGUUAAGUUGCGGUCGCACGGCAAGUCGACUUGGUCAGGCCCCAUCGAUGCUCGUUCUAUUUCACUAUUAGAGAGUACGGGGUUGUAUCACCUGCGUGAUUGUUCUCUCCCUCAGCACAAUAAUCCGUUGAUCGAGGCUUUUAUUGGGAGGUGGCAGCUAGACACCAACACUUUCCAUAUGCCGUUCGGAGAGAUGACAAUUACUCUCCACGAUAUGCAUUACAUAAUGCAUUUUCCAGUUAGUGGACAUCGACCUAACACUAACAUGGAUAAGGCACAGGCGAUUGAGGAAGGUGUGAUGGUGUUUGGUAUUGACGAUGCACUUAUGGAGCAGUGGUGGUACGGUGGUGGCCCCCGGUUAGAUCAGUUGGAUGUGAUGUACGGUAACAAUCCUACGUUUCCACCCGAGUUUCGCGUACGAGCAUAUAUCUCUUACUUGCUUGGAAAACUUUUGUUCGUCGACAAAAGUGGAUCGAAGGUGAAACCAGAUUUUUUCCCACUUUUAGAGUACAUCGAUCAGAUUCACGAGUAUUCUUGGGGUUCUGCUACAUUGGCAUUUUUGUACCGACAACUGGGUAUGGCAUCGCGAGCUGGGGCUGCGCAAAUUUGUGGUUGUCUGACACUGUUAGAUUGUUGGAUACAUGAGUAUUUUCUGUGCUUCCGGCCUCCAAUGGUUAAUGCACAUGUACCCGGGGAGCCGUGGUGUAAGAGGUGGCAGGUGACACAUCAUAUCCCGAAGGACGAGGAUAUAGUUGUCGAGUACCGUCGACGUCUUGAUUCCAUGCGUGCGUCUGAUGUGAAUUGGACGCCAUUUGGGUUGAAUGUGGCACGUGAUGUUGACAAGACCGUCCACCACAGGACUAUUCGUUGGAUGGAUACGGUCGAGCCUUACAUGCCCGAUAGAGCUUUACGUCAGUUCGGUUUUGUUAAGAGGGAGAGAAAAUUAGCAUCUUACAAAUUUGACUACGAACCUGGCAAUCAGCUUUGGAGUAUCCCCUCGUGCAUAUGCUUGAUCGAGAUUAUUAUGGUCGUUUGGCGGCUCCAGCUUGGGAGUCAGACGAGCGUUAUUUGCCAUGGUAUCUCGACCGUACCCACCCUCGUAUAG